GGAUUUGCCGGAAAAAUGACCGGAAAUUCCGGGCAAAAGAUCCAGGAAUAUGUGGUGACUACUCCGGCAGACGACCCGAUCAACCCGCAGCCGGGGAGUUUGCGGUACGGAGCUGCUUUGGGACAUAGAUGGAUCACUUUCCAAAGGGACAUGGUGAUCAACCUUCGGAUGCCGUUGCUUGUGAGUAGCUUCACAACGAUCGACGGCCGUGGUGUGAACGUUCAGAUUGCGCAUGGAUCUGGAAUAUUGCUUCGAGAUGUGAGCAAUGUCGUCGUGCAUGGGCUGCGGAUCCACCAUUGUGUUACAUCAAAUCCGGGCCCAGUUUUAGGCCCAGGUAUGAAGAUAGUUCAACUCGGAAAAUCUGAUGGGGAUGCGAUUGCGAUGUCCGGGAGUUCGAAGAUCUGGAUCGAUCACAACACUUUGUACGCGUGUCAAGAUGGAUUGAUAGAUGUGACACGUGGAUCGACGGCGAUAACAAUUUCGAACAAUUGGCUCCGAAACCAUGUGAAGGUGAUGCUAUUGGGCCAUGACGAUAGGUUCAGUGAGGACAAAUCCAUGAGAGUCACUGUUGCAUUCAACCGCUUCGGCCCAAAAUGCUACCAAAGGAUGCCAAGGGUUCGCCAUGGAUAUGCACAUGUUGUGAACAAUUACUAUCAGAACUGGGUGCUUUAUGCUAUUGGAGGAAGCGCAGAGCCUACGAUAAGAAGUGAAGGCAAUCUCUUCAUUGCACCAAGAUCAGAUAACAAAGAGGUGACGCGGCGCAUGAACAGCGGCGCGAACAUGAAUCCAGGGAAUUGGGUAUCAGUGAAUGAUGUUUUGUCUAAUGGAGCCUACUUCACACAGAGUGGCAAAGGAGCUGCACUGCCUGGAUACAAGCCGGAGGAGAUGUUCCCGGCCGUCGGCGGACACGCAGUUUCGUCCAUAACCAGAAACGCCGGCGCGCUCCGCUGCCUGCCGGGAUAUCCAUGCUGA